AUGUCCCGUCGAUCCUUCUCCAUCCUAAAACGGCUCAUCACUCACCGCCCGAAUACCUCUCAUCUCUUAUCCUCCCAAAGAUCCGUAACCUACAUGCCCCGUCCAGGCGAUGGGGCACCCCGACCCGUUACCCUUAUUCCUGGCGAUGGCAUCGGUCCCUUAGUGACUGGCGCCGUUGAACAGGUGAUGGAGGCUAUGCACGCGCCGGUUCAUUUCGAGAAGUAUGAGGUGCACGGCGACAUGAAGCAGGUUCCCCAAGAAGUUUUGGAUUCCAUCAGGAAGAACAAGGUUUGCUUGAAGGGCGGCCUCAUGACCCCUGUAGGUGGUGGCGUGAGCUCUCUUAAUAUGCAGCUCAGGAAAGAGCUCGAUCUUUACGCGUCCCUCGUCAAUUGCUUUAAUCUACCAGGGCUCCCAACGCGCCACGAGAAUGUUGAUAUAGUAGUUAUUCGGGAGAAUACUGAAGGGGAAUACUCGGGACUAGAGCAUGAGGUGGUUCCUGGUGUUGUCGAAAGCCUCAAGGUGAUAACAAAGUUUUGUUCUGAGCGCAUUGCAAAAUAUGCUUUUGAGUAUGCUUAUUUAAACGGCAGAAAGAAAGUGACGGCUGUGCACAAAGCCAAUAUCAUGAAGCUCGCCGAUGGUUUAUUCUUAGAAUCUUGUCGAGAGGUUGCCACAAAAUAUCCUGGGAUCAAGUACAAUGAGAUUAUUGUGGAUAACUGCUGCAUGCAACUGGUUUCCAAGCCUGAGCAAUUUGAUGUCAUGGUGACACCAAAUCUCUAUGGCAAUCUGGUUGCAAAUACAGCUGCUGGUAUAGCUGGUGGCACUGGAGUUAUGCCUGGAGGGAAUGCUGGGGCUGGUUAUGCUGUUUUUGAGCAAGGUGCUUCGGCUGGGAAUGUGGGAAACACAAAUUUGGUGGAGCGAAAGAGAGCAAACCCAAUUGCUCUUCUUCUCUCCUCUGCUAUGAUGCUGAGACAUCUCCAAUUUCCAUCAUUUGCUGAUCGUUUAGAGACUGCAGUAAAACAUGUUAUUGCAGAUGGAAAAUACCGGACGAAAGACCUUGGUGGAGAUAGCACCACUCAACAAGUUGUUGAUGCAGUUAUAGCAGCUCUAGACUGA